CUGUUACCGAUUAUAAUUCUGAUUUUCUUCAACAUCUGUUGGGUUAUUGGGGAUCUUCUCUAUGUUCAGUGGCAGCCUAUGCUAUGAUAUUCAAAACAUAAUUUUCUUUGAUCACUCUUCUGAUCUGUGACUGAGUCUAGAGUAUUCAUAUGUCUUUGGGUACUUUCACUUUUCUCUCUUUUUCAUCUGGGGAGUUAUAUCUUAUUGGCUGCAAUACUGAGAUUUAGAGGUAAUGGAUUUUCUUCUUGAAUCCAAGCAGGGCAUUAUAAUUCAGUAUAAAUGGCAUCAUCAUUGGUUACCAGUGGUUGCAGUCAAAUGGCUCCUUCAGUUUCUGUACAAGAAAAGGGAAGUAGGAAUAAGAGAAAAUUCAGGGCUGAUCCACCGCUAGGGGAGCCAAAUAAGAUUAUUCCUUCACUUCAAAAUGAGAGUCUCAGCUAUGAAUUUUCUGCUGAAAAGUUUGAAAUAACUGCAGGUCAUGUGCAAGCUAGUGCUUCUGAUUCUGAUGGGUUGAAGCUUGACCUUGGAUUGUCUAGUUCUGUAACUUCAACUGACAUCAGGCUUAGCCAACCUAAGGAGGAACUUGAAGUAGAUGAAUAUCAUGAUGCCGAUUGGAGUGAUCUCACUGAGGCCCAGUUAGAAGAACUUGUCCUGGAAAAUUUGCACACCAUUUUCAAGAGUGCUAUUAAAAAGCUUGUUGCUUGUGGCUACACUGAAGACGUUGCUACAAAGGCCAUCUUAAGGUCUGGCAUCUGUUAUGGAUGUAAAGAUACUGUGUCUAAUAUAGUUGACAAUGGAUUAACAUUUCUUAGAAACGGCCAAGAGAUUGAUCCUUCACGAGAACACUAUUUUGAAGAUUUAGUGCAGCUAGAAAAGUAUAUUUUGGCUGAAUUGGUUUGCGUUCUUCGAGAGGUUAGGCCAUUCUUCAGUACCGGGGAUGCAAUGUGGUGUUUGCUAAUCUGUGACAUGAAUGUGACACAUGCUUGUGCAAUGGAAGGUGAUCCUUUAAGUAGUUCAGGUAGUGAUGGCAUUGCUGAUGGCUGCUCUUCUGUCCAAACUGAAUCACAAACGAAACUAGAAACUAAAGGUCCUGAAUUGAGUCUUCCAAGUCCUUGUAAAUCAGUCCCUUCAGGUUCUCAAUCUGAGAAAUCUUCCUCUGUGACAGGAAAUACUUGUUUGCACAACUCAAAAAAUUCUCAAAUUCUUGCUGGACUCUCGGAGAAAGAAAGUGCUAAUUCUGGAUGCGAAUCUAUUGAUAAAUCAUCUAGUGCUGUUGGGACAUCUCAAUCUCCUUCGGUGGAAGAAAGGUGUGGGACUGUUAGAAAGGUUCAUUCCAGUCAUGCCAAGAGAGACCACAUUCUUCGACAAAAGUCAUUCCACAUGGAAAAAGGUUAUCGGACAUAUGGGUCUAAAGGUUCUUCAAGAGGAGGAAGGUUGAAUGGAUUAAUCUUGGAUAAAAAGCUCAAAUCAGUAUCUGAAUCAAAUACCAUAAACUUAAAGAGUGCAUCCUUAAAUAUAAGUAAGGCAAUGGGAGUUGACGUGACACAAAACAAUUUGAAUGCUGAUUUAUCAUCUAAUGAUGGUCCAUCUACUCCUAUUGCAUUUAGCUUGGAUUCUCAGUCAACUGAUACUUUAUCUCCAGUACAUGAAGCAAAUGCUAUACGAGCGAUUGGUAACCCAAAUGCAUUAUCGGUCACAGAUACUGAUCUUUCUCUUUCUUUGUCUUCAAAAAGUAAGUCUCCUAUAACACCUGUCUGCCUCAAUAACAAGGCAUCAAAUAGUAGUUGUCUGGGGAUACCUUAUGACAAGUCCCUGGGGCAGUGGAUACCCCAAGAUAGAAAGGAUGAGAUGAUUUUGAAGCUGGUUCCAAGGGUUCGGGAGCUGCAAAAUCAGCUUCAAGAAUGGACAGAAUGGGCAAAUCAGAAGGUUAUGCAAGCUGCUCGUCGACUAAGUAAGGAUAAGGCUGAGCUCAAGACACUAAGGCAAGAGAAGGAUGAAGUUGAACGUCUUAAAAAAGAGAAGCAAUCUCUAGAAGAAAACACUAUGAAAAAGAUUUCUGAGAUGGAAAAUGCCUUGUCUAAAGCAAGUAUGCAAGUAGAACGAACUAAUGCUGAUGUUCGGAAGCUUGAAGGUGAAAAUGCUGUGCUGAGGAAAGAGAUGGAGGAUGCUAAGUUACAUGCGACAGAAUCUGCCACAAACUGUCAAGAGGUCUCAAGCAGGGAAAAAAUGACCCAAAUGAAGCUUCAAUCAUGGGAGAAGCAGAAAUCCCUGUUUCAGGAAGAGCUAAUGGCUGAAAAACACAAAUUGGCUCAACUGCAGCAAGCAUUGGAGCAAGCUAAAGUGCAUCGGGAGCAAGUUGAGGUUAGGUGGCAGCAGGCAGCAAAGGCAAAAGAAGAACUCCUCUUACAGGCCAGUUCUAUAAGAAAAGAAAGGGAACAAAUUGAGGAGUCAGCGAAAUCAAAGGAGGAUAUGAUCAAACUGAAAGCAGAGGAGAAUCUGCAGAGGUACAGAGAUGAUAUCCAGAAACUUGAAAAAGAAAUUGCACAACUAAGACAAAAGACUGACUCUUCCAAAAUUGCUGCAUUGAGAAGGGGUAUCGAUGGCAGCUAUAUGCAUGUGAAAAGUGGCACGGUUCAGGAAGAAUCGCAUGUCACUCUUAUUUCAGACCUUGUUACAAAUUUAAAUGACUACUCUUUGACAGGAGGGGGUGUAAAACGGGAAAGAGAAUGUGUGAUGUGUCUUUCUGAGGAGAUGUCUGUUGUAUUCCUCCCAUGUGCUCAUCAGGUUGUUUGCACAACGUGCAAUGAGCUCCAUGAGAAACAAGGUAUGCAAGAUUGUCCUUCUUGCAGGAGUCCCAUCCAGAAGCGUAUUUCUGUUCGUUUUGCUCGUACAUAAUCUACUUACUUGAGUGAAUUGAGUGUUUUGAAUAAUGUCUGUGGGACACUUGCAAAGAAUAAUGCAUUCAGAUUAUGCAUGUUGAGUUCAGAUACAUUAAGUUGCUUUCAAUGGCAAGGUUAAUUCUUUCACUGCA